UUGUAUUUAACGAGUGAUUGUUUACGUUGUGGUGUGGUGCGGAUUGUGCUUGUAACAUUGGUGGUAAAAUAUAUAUUUAUUUAUUAAAAUAUAAUAUAGAAAUAUCUAACAAUGCCGCAUGGACACUCACACGGUGGUGGCUGCGAACAUGAAGCAUUGGGAAUUGAAAAUGAAUUGGAAAUAGGUAUACAUUACAGUCUGUAUGAGAAGAUUGAUAUGAACAAUGUAGAAUGUCUGAACGAAGAGCUGGAAGGAUCUGGGAAGACUGUGUUUAAACCAUAUAAUGAGCGUUUAAAUCACGAUAAGUACGUGAAAAGUGAUGCUGACGAGGAACUGCUAUUUAACAUACCCUUCACCGGAAACGUGAAGCUGAAAGGUAUCAUCAUCAUCGGAGCAGACGAUGAAACGCACCCAAAAAAAAUGCGUCUGUUUAAAAAUCGCCCAAAAAUGACGUUCGACGAUACAUCCGCAUCGGCGGAUCAAGAAUUCUCCCUAGAGAAAGAUGCGAACGGUGUAUUCGAAUAUUCUACAAAAGUUGUUACGUUUGCAAACGUGCAUCAUCUUUCACUGCAUAUUCCUACCAAUUAUGGAGGCGAAAGUACGACCGUUUAUUAUAUAGGACUAAAGGGAGAAUUUAGUGAAGCACACCAUCACGGCGUGACAAUCUGUACGUACGAAGCACGUCCUAACGUUUCGGAUCAUAAAAAUAAUUUGUUCGAUUCUGUGAACCACCAAAUUCAAUGAUGUAAAAAGUAAGCAAUAAUCACGAUUGGGAAAUAUAAUAAUUUGCAAUAUGA